AGCCGACGACGGUGUCGUCUCGUCGCUCGCGUGCCGCUGCAGUGCGCGGGGGAGAGAGAUGAGAGAUAGGGAAAGGUGAUAAACGUAGCGGAUGACGUCUCCCGAGAUGGCGAUGCAGAUAGUGAUGACGUAGCCGCUUAUAUAAGGGGCCUUCCGGAACUGCAGACGGUCCUAAGGGAGGAACGAUCAGCGACUCCUCUCCUCCUGGACGCCCCGAAGAAGUCGUGGCCUCCUGGUCAUCGCGGGACGAUUGCGCGCGUCCUGUGUUCUUGGGCAGAAAGCGAGAAUGGGAUCGCGCAAGUGCCUCUUCUCUACAUUCUUCCUGGCGUUCUUCGCCGUAGUGCUCGUCCAAAGGCACAGCGUCAAAGCCAUGAUCGAAGCCCAGGACAUUAUAUUCACCAACAUCACGUCGCCAUCAAUAUACAACAAACGAGUGAGACCCGCCUACGCAAUAGGCGUCCCCGUCGUCGUCAACACCAGCAUAGUCCUCUACAGCUUGGCUUCCACGAACGACCUACACACUGAAUACACGGCCAACUUGCGUCUACGGCUGUCGUGGUACGACCAGCGGCUGGUGUACGAUGCCGAGUCGCUGCAGCCCGACUCGCGCAUCCAGGGCGACCACUGGCACGCCGAGCAGCUCUGGCGGCCCAGCAUAGAGGUGACCAACACGAUCACCUACGGCCCGGCCGCCGGCCACUUGGAGUCGUCCACGGCCCCCGGUGCCGGCUCGGUGCUGGUCAUCGUGAUGCCCGACGGCACGGUGCACCUCAGCAGGAAACUGAACCCAAAGCUGACGUGCGAGAUGGAAUUCCACAAGUACCCGCUGGACAAGCAGCGUUGCAGCCUCAUAAUACAAAGUAGUACGCUGUCGACGAGCAACAUGGUUCUGAACUGGGACCUGGAAGAGUCCUUGCAGUUCAACGACAACUUUGCCGUCACCGGCUUCCAGAUGCUCGACUUUAACUGCUCAAGCCACGUCAGUGACUACGGCAAAAUAGGUAACUUCUCAAUGAUCAUGUGCGAGUUCACGCUGAAGCGCGACUUUGGACCUUUCCUGCUGGAGAUCUACAUCCCGGGCAUCACUUUCGUCAUCACCUCGUGGUUCUCGUUGUGGAUCGACAUUCCGGCGGCACCGGCGCGAGUGACCCUCGCCAUGACAACCUUCCUCACCCUCGUCACCGGUGGAAAGUCCAUUCGCGAAAAGCUGCCCAAGGUUCCAUACGUGCACGCCCUGGACGUCUGGUACCUCGCCUGCACCGCAUUCGUGUUCUUCAUCCUGCUGGAGUACGCCAUGGUUAACUACAUCUACCACAAGGACAACCGACGGCGCCAGGGCGGUAUGCGUCGCAUUGAGAGCCAAGCCUCGUUGGCUUCUGCCGGGGGCUCGAUGAACGGAAGCACCUACAUUAACGUCAUCAACGCGCUUGAGCAAGCUCAGCAGCACGGCGCCCUCACUCCGAGCCAGAACGGGAAGGGCCAGUGCGCGCUGCAGAUCAAGUACAAGAAGAACAACAACGGCAAGACAGGGGGUCCCAACGUGCUCAGGCUGUCCGACCUCGAGCCACACACGCUGACGGACCUACCAGAUUCACCACCGCGGUCGCCGAUGUCGGUGCGCUCGUUUGGAGGCGAUGAGCCACCCUUCGUGUGCACACUCAUUACUCCACUGACGCCGCGUGACAUUGCCAACGGUAUCGAUCGCCACUGCCGCUACAUAUUCCCGCUGGCAUUCAUCAUCUUCAACGCCGUCUACUGGUCGGUCCUGACGUCGUCUUGAGCAGUGAAGAUACACCGCGAUCGUGAAUCGCGCGCGGUUGCCGACAGGGUCCGCCAUCUACGAUGUCAUUUGCUGGAUGAUGCUGAUAUCAAGACGUGUAGCGGCUAUGUAGUGUUCGCGGACUCUAGGCAUCAGAGCUAGUAUCUGUCUUGUUCGUCACUAUCUACUACGCCUCAGUGCUGGUACUUGUCAUCUUCGCUACUACCUACUAGGCCGCCCAUGCAUACAUCGCAUUCGACGGAGAUGGUGUGCGAGUUUUUGCAUCGAUUCUCCCCAGGCAACAUCUAUCACAGUGGCAGGGCGUGGUGAGGACAGAUGGAACAUCUUACAUCGUUUCCACAUCGCUAUGCAUGACAGCAGGAGUUGCAGCAGUUGAGACAGUUGCUACACGACGAUUUUCUACAGAAAGGAAGAAACACUGAACAGUUAACCAGGGUGAUAAAGAAAGCGCCAGCAUCGUUGGUUACAUCUCGUCCGUCUUCAACACAAUCUUCCGGGUCAUCCUGACUUCAUCAUGGACAUAAGUGGUGACGCGAUUGUGCAUUCUAUUCAGCGAUCGCAAGACUCCGUGACGUGCAAUGUCACCAGCUAAGCUCAUAUUGAGCAGAGUUGACAAUCUAGGGACCCAAAAUGUGUUUCUUGUUAGGUAUUACCACUUGCUCUGCUCCUCUUCAAUACCAUAUUUUAUAGGUGAUGUCGACUUAAAUGUGAGUGCAACCGCGUUGGUGACCUAUUCUGCUUAGCUUUUCCAAUAUGUAUGGAGUACCGGUGAAAACGUGUCAGUGCCACACCUCGACUGUACAGAAUUGUCAAGCGGGCAUUUAUUUCAGUCACCUUCACUGUGUAUCGUUCCUAUGUCUGUCAAUCCCUCCUACAUGGCAUGACUGCUGAAGGUUUUGAAACGCCCUUCUUUCACCCGAUAUCAGGUCUUGUUCCUAUUACAAGAGACAGUAGGAUGUUUCCAUGACAACGGCGCGCACAAUGCGCGCGUACAGAUUUUAGCGUCCUAUUCGUUUUAUGAGGCAGCAACGAUGGGUUUAAGAAACGCAGUUCCUAGAUUACUUUUUUGUGUUCCCUACACCACGUGACACGCACAAAUAAACUUACGCGUACUGUAAGAGCGGCAGUUGUUUGCCACCUUACGAAAGUGUGUUUUCGUUAAUGUGGGCCACCCGUCGUAGCAUUUAUUUUCGUUCGCUACUAACCAUUUUUUUUAGUUUGUGUUCGACGCCAGAGACUCUCAGCAUGUAUGUAUGUAAUUGUUGCAGCAUGCAGUACUGAAAUUAGCGACGAAGAUUUCGGACCUGUCUUCGUGAAACAAUGUGUCACUGUUUCGUCACUUGAGUUUCAUCCGGAAUAACUAUAAAUGUUGAUACAAGCGGAAGUAAUUCGGCAGAACAUGUAUCUAAACAUCUAGCUGCAUCAGAAAAGCACCAAGCUGCCAAGUGUGUCCUUUCUUAGACCAGCAACCCUUAAAGGAUUGCUAGAAAAUUUCAGUACGUCCAUAGCGUGCGCGGGAUUCUUCACUGGGGGAAGGGCGGAGUGGGCGAAAUUUUACCGCAGCACCUCCCGUUCCCCGCUUCGCGUCUUCCUGCCGCUGAGACCCCUAAGAUCAAAACUCAGUGCGAA